AUGAAGCUCAUUGCAAAGCUGAAGAGCAAACUCCAGGCUCGUUCUCGGGCCUCCGAGAACACCGCCGACAACCAACCUUCUGAUCAGCAGGCGACUCCCGAGGCACCUACUGAGAGCAGUGCUGGUCCGUCCGUGACCGCUCCUGUGGCCACUCCCGACAUCCCUAAGACUGCAUCUCCUGAUGAGGAUCCAGAAGCCCGCAGAGCUGCAGCGCGCGCAGAACUCCGGGCACUCCUGGCUGCACAUUCUCUGUCUGCAAUGGAACACGAACGUAUUCACGGCAGACCCAACAAUUGCACAUGUUCAAAACCAAGAAGGCGCGUCGAAAUCUGGCCGGCUGAACAUGGUUUGAAUGAAGACAUCAAUAACAGCGGAUACGAAAAGCUCAUUACCAUUGUUGGGGAUCCGGCCCUUAUCUUCGUCUGCGAAACACGGCUCUUGGGUCUAAACUACUGGCUGGUGAACGCAACAGAACAGGAUAUCGCAGAGGCCAGACAGUUGCCAGAGGUCGUGUUUGUUCUGUGGCGUGAGACCUGCCCCCGCCACUCAAAUCCUGACUGGCCGCCGCACAGCUUGGAAAUCGAGCCAGAAGAUCCGUCAGCGAGAUUGUACUACGCCGCUGGAACAAUCAAGUGCCGUAUUGAUGCGGAAGUAGCUGUGGGGGCAUUUCACAAACUGAUCGAGAUCACGCGUGAAUCAAGCUUUGCAUGGAGAUACCAGAAUCAUUAUCUUCAAAACAGCGAAGAUGCUCCCAUGGGAGAUCACAAAGCACAAAUGGCCUACAUAUCUGCAAACGAAGGCGCCACAGACCUUAAAUUCAACGAACGCUACUUCUUCGACGUCAGCGCUGGUGAGGACAUACCUGUUUACAUUGUGGAUACUGGAGCACAGAUGGAUCACACCGAGUUCACUGAGCGCGAUAACAUAGCCGCUAAAACGGAAUUCAUGUUUGUUGGCCAAGACCAUGAUGGCAGACAACCACGAGACGACUCUGGUGUUCCAGGGAAUGGUAUCUGCCAAAACCCGAAGGACAAGGUCAGAUGCAACCCGCAUGGUACCGCCAUGUUAAGUAUCGUGGCCGGUGCUCACAUAGGCAUCUCCAAGAAGAUCAAGCCAGUUGUAGUGCGUGUACCACGGCGGAACACGCUCGGCGGAGGCGCUUCCGCAGAACAUUGGCUGCAAGCUUAUGCCAUGGUCGAAUCUACCUUCUCGGACGAGAGCACGACAACAAGAGCGAUUCUUUCCCUGUCUCAAGGCCACUCCCUUGACGGCUUCUGGAUCAAUUGGAAGAACGCAAACGGCAUAGGAGCCGAGUCAGACACGGGCCCGACAGAAGAAGCACAUGAAGCCUUUCGCUUGUACAAAGUACGUCUGCACCAAAUCUUGACACGUCUCAUUCGCAAAGGAGUUUUUGUUGUCACUGGUGCUGGAAACAGCGCUUUUAUGAACGUAUGGCCUGCCGCCUUUGGAGGCUCAACAGUCCUUGUUGUUACUGGAGCUGCUGACGUUGCUACGGGCAAGAGAUCGUGGAUAUCCGGAUUUGACCCAAACAAUGACCUCCCUCAUAUUUACGCGCCAGGAUACAACAUCAUCGUUGCAAAUGGAAACAAAGGCAAAUGGGACACAGACGGACCUAGCUAUAAGGAUUCUCAAGGUACAUCGGACUCAACCGCCUACGUAGCAGGACUUGCUGCUUACUUCUUGAAACUCCAUCAGCUAGGCCAACUCGGCCCCGACGCCAAGGGAAACCCCCCUGACAUGAGCCCAGGCGGGCUGAAGAAAUACAUCAUCAACAACGGCUGGGUCAGAUCUCCUCAAAAUGAGGGUGUCUUGGGAAUUUGGAACGGUGCAACUAUUGCUAGUCUUGAGCGAGAAGGAUACUGCCCUUACAUUGCGGGAGCUACGAACUUGGUCAGACUUCGCCGACAAGAGGGUGCUUCAGUGUUGACUGGUCAAUGUGUACCCGGCACAUCUCCAACUGCAUCAGCAGGCUCUCCGAGCAAGUCUUCGCCAACGACAAGUACAACGUCUGCGCCUACUGGCUUUGUUUGCACCGAUGAUACGGCUGACAAGUGCUCUCCUGCCGUCAUCUGCAGCGCUCCUCAAGUCAACGGCUGUGUCGACGGGAAAUGCGUCUGUGUCUUUCCCGACGUGCCGCCCAAGAGAACGACCACAAGUCAAACCACUCUAUUGACAAUCACUUCUGACCCGGCCUCCCAUACACCAACACCGACACCAACACCAACACCAACACCAACACCGACACCGAAACCGUCACCGUCACCUUCACCGACGCCGCCAGAGAAGCCGAAGGCACCACUGGAAGUUGGCGAGCGCCAGUGCAAUGAUGCAAGUGUUUACAUGGGCAAGGGCGAUAUCCAAGAAAGCGAAGUACAGAAGAUUGCAGUAGGUCUCUGCGCACGAGUCUCAGAAAGCGAUGGGCGCCUUAUGAACGCAAAGUCGAAGCUCCAGGAUGCCGCUUGGACGAUUGGUGGUGUUCCAUACUAUGCUGCGGUUAGUUGGAAAAGCGACUGCCAGAUGGCCCUCGACAACGUGAACUCUUUACGCCCGCUUGGAGAGCAGGGGGACUCUUGUGAUGAAUUUCUGUUUGAAAACUGGGAAGAAUGCAAGGGUAAUCAGGGUCGAGGCGGACACAUCGAUGUUGGAUGCGUGAGAUACGAAUUCACCCCGAGGAAAAGGCCGUAG